ACCGCGAGUUCGUCGUCGCGUAUAGAUACGCGUUUUGUUCUGCGCGGCGAUUACGAACGCAAUCAGCCGCGAUGUCGCGUGUUUACCAACCUACCGAUUAUGUUGUCGAAAGGUCGCUAUUGCCGUCUUUUGAAAAAUACAAAGAAAUGCAUAAACAGUCAUUAGAUGAUCCUGAAAGGUUUUGGUCUCAAAUAGCGAGCGAAUUCGAUUGGCAGACUCCGGCUCAGCCCGGCAAAUUUGUAUCGUACAAUUUUGACCUGAAUAAAGGGAACAUUUUUGUCAAAUGGAUGGAAGGGGCAGUCACCAAUAUUUGCUUCAAUCUAUUGGACCGCAAUGUGAGGAAUGGACACGGGGAAAAGAUAGCUUAUUACUGGGAAGGAAACCACCCGGACGACUACAGCCGCAUCACGUACAGGAAGCUGAUGGACCUGGUGUGCCAGUUCUCCAACGCGCUGAAGGAUAACGGCGUGGGGAAGGGAGACCGCGUGUCCCUCUACAUGCCCAUGAUUCCGGAGACGGUGGUGUGCAUGCUGGCGUGCGCGAGGAUCGGUGCCAUACAUUCCGUAGUGUUCGCAGGGUUUUCAUCGGAUUCGCUCGCGGAGAGGAUGGCGAGUUGCAAGGCCAAGGUGCUGGUGACGGCAGACGGCGGGUGGCGCGGCGAGAAGCUGCUCGUGCUCAAGAACACGUGCGACGAGGCCAUGCAGAAGGCCCAGGCCAAAUACAACCACAAGGUCGACAAGUGCAUCGUCGUGUCGCACCUCAAGAGAGUCACGCCGUGUGGGAAACUGCCCGAUGAUAUCUCGUCUUUGUACAAAUGGAUGGAAGACAGAGACGUGUGGUGGCAUGACAUAAUGGAGGGGCAAUCCACCUUCUGCCCGCCAGAAUGGAUGGGUGCAGAGGAACCGCUGUUCAUGCUUUACACCAGCGGCUCCACCGGCAAGCCGAAAGGCGUGUUGCACACCACCGCCGGCUACCUGCUGUACGCCGCCACCACGUUCCGCUACGUGUUCGACUACAGAGACAAGGACGUGUACUGGUGCACCGCCGAUGUCGGCUGGAUCACGGGCCACACCUACGUCGUGUACGCACCGCUGGCCAACGCCGCCACCUCUGUCCUAUUCGAAGGCACCCCGUUCUACCCAGACAACGACCGCUACUGGGCCGUGGUGGAAAAGUGCAAGGUGUCGCAGUUCUACACCGCGCCCACCGCCAUCAGAACGCUCACUAAGUUUGGCGAGGAGCCCGUUAAAAGGCACGAUUUAAAGUCGCUGCGGGUGCUGGGCAGCGUGGGCGAGCCCAUCAACCCCGAGGCGUGGCUGUGGUACUACAGCCUGGUGGGCAACGGGCGCUGCUCCAUAGCGGACACGUUCUGGCAGACCGAGACCGGCGGCCACGUCAUCACCAGCCUGCCGGGAGCCACGCCGAUGAAGCCCGGCGCUGCGGGGUUCCCGUUCUUCGGCGUGGAAGCAACGAUUCUGGACGAGAGCGGCGCCGUGGUCUCGGGCCCCGGCGAGGGCUACCUGGUGUUCGCGCGGCCCUGGCCCGGCGUCAUGCGCACGCUGUGGGCCGACCACGACCGGUACGAGCAGGUCUACUUCUCCAAGUUCCCUGGCUACUACUGCACUGGCGAUGGCGCUCGUCGCGACGAGGACGGCUUCCUGUGGGUGACGGGGCGCAUCGACGACAUGCUCAACGUGUCGGGCCACCUGAUGUCCACGUCGGAGGUGGAGGGCGUGCUCACGGAGCACCCGCACGUGGCCGAGGCGGCCGUCGUGUCCAAGCCGCACCCCAUCAAGGGUGAGUCGCUAUACUGCUUCGUGGUGCUCGUGGACGGCGUGCAGCUAGACGCGGCGAUGCUGGACGCGCUGCGCAAGCUGGUGCGCGCGCGCAUCGGCGCGUUCGGCGUGCCCGACACCGUGCAGUACGCGCCCGGCCUGCCCAAGACGCGCUCCGGCAAGAUCAUGCGCCGCGUGCUGCGCAAGGUGGCCGUCGGCGACCGCGAUGUCGGCGACGUGUCCACGCUCGCCGAGCCCGCCGUCGUCGAACAACUCUUCAACAACAGGCCUUAGACACUUCCUGGGAAAGAGCUCUAAUAACGCUUUGUUUCCUAUUUGAAUCGAUAAGAAUCGAUUUG